CUCAACAGCAGAAGGAAGAACAUUCAUAGAAGGAUCCAGAGAGGAACAUCAGGACACGGAAAGUUCAAAUUUGUUUUGCCUGUGUGGGGCUCACAGCUAACUGGGGUGUGUGAGUUGCUUUAGUACCAAAAACAGCACCCCACUACCUAUCACUGGACCAGCCCUACCUUUUAAAAAAUUUUUCCACUUCCAAACUGUCUUGGGAAAAUGAAGAAUUUUACAAUGGAGUAUCCCGUUUCUAAUGUUACUCUUAAAGAAGAGACCACAAUCCCCUGGGCUUACUAUGAAUCUACCCCUGAGGUCUAUUCUGAAGAGGAUGAAAGACUAGAACGUAUAGCAUUCCAUCUCCGUGUGUUCUCCCUGGUGAUCUAUUCUUUUGCUUUCGUACUAGGGACCACCGGAAAUGGUCUGGUUAUCUAUUUUACCGCCUUUGUAAUGAAACGGACUGUCAAUGUUGUGUGGUUCCUUAAUUUAGCCAUAGCUGAUUUUAUCUUCACGUUUUUUCUACCGUUGAGCAUUACUCAUGCCUCGCUUGAGUAUCACUGGCCUUUUGGAAAAUUCAUGUGCAAGCUGAAUAGCACUAUUCUAUUCAUCAAUCUGUACGCCAGCAUCUUCCUGCUCACCAUGAUCAGCAUUGACCGAUUCAUCUCCGUCGUGUUUCCUGUUUGGUGUCAGAAUCACCGAACUCCGAAGUUGGCCUCUUUUAUAGCCGUGGCAGUAUGGAUCCUAGCAUUCAUUUUCAGUUUACCUUAUUUUAUAUUCCGAGAUAUAUACGGUGCUGAAGAAGAUCAUGUUUCGUGCUAUAACAACUUUCAUGAGGAUGAAAAAGUUGCCUAUCCAAGACACAAGGCUACACUAAUCAUUCGAUUUAUCGUCAGCUUUUUUAUUCCUUUGAUCAUAAUCAUCUCAUGCUAUUCAGUAAUUCUUUUGCGUAUCCAAAGAAAUCACAUGACCACAUCAAACAAGCCUUUCAAAGUUGUCCUAGCUGUUAUCAUCUCAUUCUUUGUCUGCUGGUUUCCCUACCACGUCUUCUCCUUUUUGGAGUUGUCUGCAAAUUAUGAUGAAAAUGAGCACCUUUACUACAUAACUUUUGUUGGAAUACCUAUUACCUCCAGUUUGGUUUUUAUAAACAGUUGUAUCAACCCCAUUCUCUAUGUCUUUAUGGGUCGAGAUUUCAAACAGAAAUUCCAUAGCUCCCUCCGGUCGAUAUUUGAGAGAGCCUUCUCCGAGGAAUCUACCCAAAUAGACUCCAAGAGCAAAACCAAAUCAACGUCAGAUUCCCAGCUGGUGUGAGACUGGACUAUAUUUAUGGAACAAUACAUACUAUGGAGACCUCAUUGGCUUUGAGGUGUUUUUCAGGAUGCUAUAAUAUUUUUCCCAAGGCUUUAUCAUGUCCAGCAGAGAAUUGUAUGAAAUUUGCCAAAUAUUGAAACUGCCAAUUGCUGAAGAAGAUCAUAUCCUGUCUCGGAAUUCCAGGACUAACAUUUGCUACCAUACCACCAUAAUUAAAAACGGCUAUCAAACAACUGAGAUUACAAGGACCAAUAAAAACUUUUGUGCAUGCUGUUGGAUAAUUUCUAAGAGAAGAUGUUAGAAGCUGAAUCCAAGCAAACAAAUUAAAUACCUAUAAGGGAACAGACUUAGGCCCUGUACACGCGAUCAGUCCAUCCGAUGAGAACGGUCCGAAGCUGACUGAUGGUCUGAUGUGCCUACA